GUACACGUCAGCAGCCAACAAGAAGUCAUCCGUUCCGUCAUUCUCUUCCUGGUCCGAGCCUGUCGCCUGGUGAGUUCACAAGACGUUCAAGUCGCGUUUGUGACGCUUGAAAAAACAAACAGCCACUUCAGGUGGAGAGGAAGGUGGGAGUUUGUGGGCCGAUGACACGACGUUCCAGUGAAAGAGGAAGCAGCAGCGCAACUUUUGACACUUUGACGUCACACGACGGCGCACGAGGAGACGAUGUUGCAACUUCGAAGUGAGACUCUCUCCUGAGGAUGUGAUCGGUUGCCGGUAAUCGCCUUCUUCCUGCCGUAUUUGUGCUCGAGUCGCGUUAAAAUGAGGAUCCGGCUGGUGAAGAAGAAUCUGCUGGCGCUGGUCGCUGUCUCUUUUGUGGUGGCGACUCUCUUGUUUUCCACGCGAGUCCUGAUCGUGUCCGAGGAUCGUGCGUCCACCGGCCAGCUCGGAGAGAAGGUCAAUCCUGGCGGCAAGUUUCGUUACGGGACGCUCGCGGAACUGACCGAGUCUGUUUUCAACGCCAACUUCAAGCAGUGCGUCAUCAACGCCGAGAGGUUUCCCGUGGAUCCUCAACUGGUUCUGGUCGUGCAGGUCCACAACCGACCCGAGUACCUGCGGCUACUCAUCAAGUCCCUGGAGAGAGUGGCUGAGGUCCACAGCUUCCUCCUCAUCUUCAGCCAUGAUUAUUUCUCAAAGGAAAUAGACGCCAUUGUGCAAGGGAUCACUUUCUGCAAGGUUCUGCAGAUCUAUUUCCCCUUCAGCACCCAGCUGUAUCCCAGCGAGUUUCCUGGAAAGGACCCGCGAGACUGUCCCCGGGACAUGUCCAAGGAGGACGCCAUGAGAACAGGAUGCCUCAACGCCAAGCACCCAGACUCUUACGGCCACUACAGGGAGGCGUUCAUCACGCAAACCAAGCACCACUGGUGGUGGAAGCUGCACUUCGUGUGGGAGCGAGUCCAGGCCCUGCACGGAUACAAAGGCUUUGUAGUCUUCCUGGAGGAGGACAACUACAUCCUCCCGGACUUUUACCAUGUCUAUAAAGCCAUGCUGGAAUUCAGGAAGUCCAGCUGUCCGGACUGCGACAUGCUGGCUUUGGGGAACCAUAACGGCGUGACAGAGUUCACCAACCUGAGCAACAAGGUGCUGACCACGGGGUGGAUGUCCACCAAGCACAACAUCGGCAUGGCCCUCUCCAGGGAGGUCUACUACCGGCUGAUGGGCUGCAACGAAGCCUACUGCACGCACGACGAUUACAACUGGGACUGGACUUUGCAGCAUCUGUCGGGAACCUGCAUCUCCAAGCCGCUGAAGGUCCUGGUGGCGCAGGCUUCCAGGGUUCUUCACACCGGAGACUGCGGGCUUCACCAGAAGGAGAACUGCCGGCCGGAGUGGGCGGCUCAGAAGGUGGAGGAGCAGAUCCAGACGGUGAAGGACAGCCUUUUCCCAGCCUCUCUGCACCUCACCAGAGCGGAAGCUGUCGAACACAAACCUCACAUGAAGAACGGCGGCUGGGGCGAUGUCAGAGACCAUAUUUUGUGCAAAAACUACGCAGAACGCCUCUGAUGUGGAACCUAAAAAAACCUCUUUUAUCAUGCACUUGUGCCAUACUCGAAUCUUCAGGGUUUCAGCCACCGAUCUGCCGCUUUCACAGUGGUGUGCCCCGAAUCUUGGGGCGAAGAAUCAGGACCAACACUCGUCUGAAGACGGUGUAUAUUUUUAAUGUGUUCUCUGUUAUGCUUGUGUUGUGUGUACAAGACAAGCAGUCACAACUGGAGGCGCUGCCUAGUUAUUCAGUGUUCAAUUCAGGAUCAGCAGUGGAAAACAAUUUUAUUUAAAGAAUGCAGUAACUGACAAAAUAACUGUAAAUGAAUGGGAACACUGUCAUAACCGAUCUAGGUGGGCGUCAAGCUACCGCUGCGUGAUCUGUUGAGUUUAAAGCUGUUCACCAAAGUUAAUUUUUACACUUGAUGUGACUGUGGAGGACCAGAUUACUGUAAGACAGGAGCUCUGCAGUAUUUAUACUUCAAUCUUUAAGCCAGUGUACUUGUAUAUGAAGUACAACAGCAGUGCCUUAUUUCCAUCGCACCAAGUUGGACAAAUGAAAAGUUCAUUUUCUGUGGACCCGAGCCAAGUUUGCCACCAAAGGACAUCAAAGAUUGCAGGGUUUCAACGUGUUCCAAGGAAAAAGAGGCUCAUAUAUUGCGUGCCGGUAUGACAAUCGUUGAUUUAAUUGGGAUGUUUUAUGUGUUCUUGUGUAGUUAAAAUACACUCGAAUGGAGUUAUGUUUAAACCUUGUGUUCUCCUGUCUGUGAGCUCAAAUGUGUUGUGAUUAUUUACCUGCUUGUGGGGGAGGAUGUGACCUUUUGGAAUUUGGUGUUCUUAUUUAAACACUUCUAUUGAUUCUGUAUUUGCACUUUUGAAAAAAUGAAGUUGGUUUGGGGAUGCAACUGCAAGCGGAGAAUAUGAUUGUGUCUUUGUUUUCCUUUUGGUAGGUGAUACUUUUUCUUCCGGCAUUAAGUCGAACAUGUGAAAUAGGAAUGGCCUCUUUGCUGGUGGAAGAUAAUGUGAACUAUUGCAAUGGUCGUGGCUGCUCUUGAAAUGACCACAAGUGCCUUUUGAUUUUCGGUCUGUGCCUCUGUCUGUACCGGUGACUUGACAAUGCUGAUGCCUCUGAAAUGUUGCCGACACCUGAGCGGAAUACGCGGCAACAUGUUGGAUAAAGAAAUGUGAACGUGCAUUUGGAAAACUCUUUGUUGCGAUGUGAGUUUUGUGAAACUGUAAUGGUCAAAGGUUACCUGAAACUCUAGUGUCAGGUUAAUAUUCCCAGAUGUAAUGUCAACGUCAAAUAAAUUCCUGCUCGUUCAUGAUCAGUU